GCCUCCUCCUCCUCCUCCUCACUCCUCCCGCGGAUAAUGCACGUCCGCGCGUCACAUUCCUGCGUCAUUUCUUUCGCGGCCGCGUCCCAAACCCUCCCUCUCCUCCUCCCCCGCUCGCGCUGAGGUUGUAAAAUCUCGCCACUGCUCCUCACGUGACCUCCACCGCCGUCAUGACCUCUGUGAUUAAUAAACCCGCGGCCGCCGCGUCCUUUACGGCCUGUUUAUGUUUAUGCGACUCUGCCGCUGCCGCGCUGACGCCGCCUCCGCGCAGCUGAUGAAUCUGGACGCUACGUCCGCGCGCAGCACUGCGACUGCGCUUCCCCCCCGCUAUGCGUAAAACGCGCGCGUCGUUUCCGCCUUCGCUUUGCCGCUGAUGCGGCCCUUCGCCAUCUCCUCGUCCCUCUCCUCCUCCUCCUCGGUACCGGCCGCUCACCGACCCCUCAGCCGUCGCUGCCGCUCACGCACAGGGGCAGCAGGAUGGUGCGCAUCGCCAGCGCGCUGGGGCUCGUCAUGUUCAGCGUGGCGCUGCUCAUCCUGUCGCUCAUCAGCUACGUGUCCAUCAAGAAGGACUUCCUGCUCAGCUCCCCCAGAUACGGACCUAAUGGAGGACCCAGGAUGUACAUGUUCCACGCGGGGUUCCGCUCCCAGCUGGCGAUGAAAUAUCUGGAUCCGGCGUUUUCGUCUCUGACCAACUCUCUCAGCGAGGACCUGCUGAACUCGUCCAGAUGGACGUACAACAGCACUGGGUUUACACAGCAGAAACAAGAGAUCUCUCAAUACAUCGACAUCCCCCACAACUUCACACUGACGCGGGACGCGGUCAGGAUCGGACAGCUGAUGCAUUACGACUACUCCAGCCACAAGUACGUCUUCUCCAUUGGCGAGAACUUCCGCUCGCUGCUCCCCGACGCCUCGCCCAUCCUCAACAAACACUACAACGUCUGCGCCGUGGUUGGCAACAGCGGCAUCCUCACCGGCUCGCGCUGCGGACCGCAGAUUGAGAAGUUCGACUUUGUCUUCCGCUGCAACUUCGCCCCAACCGAGCUCUUCAAGAAGGAUGUCGGGCGGCGGACCAACAUGACGACCUUUAACCCCAGCAUCCUGGAGAAAUACUACAACAAUUUGCUGACUGUGCAGGACAGGAACAACUUCUUUCUGAGCCUGAAGAAACUGGACGGCGCCAUCCUGUGGAUCCCAGCGUUUUUCUUCCACACGUCGGCCACGGUGACGAGGACACUGGUCGACUUUUUUGUGGAGCAUCGAGGUCAGCUGAAGGUCCAGCUGGCCUGGCCUGGAAACAUCAUGCAGUACAUCAACAAUUACUGGAAAACCAAGCAGUUGUCGCCGAAGCGCCUCAGCACCGGGAUCCUGAUGUACACGCUGGCGUCGUCCAUGUGCGACCAGAUCCACCUGUACGGCUUCUGGCCGUUCGGCUGGGACCCCAACACGGGCAAGGAGCUGCCGUACCACUACUACGACAAGAAGGGCACCAAGUUCACCACCAAGUGGCAGGAGUCGCAUCAGCUGCCCGCCGAGUUCAAACUCCUCUACAAGAUGCACACGGAGGGACUGCUGAAGCUCAGCCUGUCCCACUGCACUUAGGGCUAACGUGGCGGCGUCUGCGGCUUCAGGCUCCGCCCCCCUCGCAACACUUCCUCUCACCAGGGCUGUCAAAGGGACACGAAACUCAAAGGCUGGGUUUGUCAAACUCAAAAUCGUAGACUCGUAGCCUCAAAGGAAACACACACUCUGACACUUGAGAAGAAACUGUUUGUACAAAACUGUGAAAUCCUUUGAGAAACGAUGGACAGUUUUGUUUUCUACUGCCCGAGAAUCUGACGCUGUGAAGAACUUCUGUCUGCAGCUGAACGCACGUUCGCCAACGUUUCCAUCACGGACCCAUUUUUUUUCCAUUGUUGAUUCUGUGAAGAUUUUCCACGUGGUAAAUAUUGUCUCAUAUCGUGGAUCAUAUUCUGGUUAUUUUGCUAAUCAGCACUGAAGCAAUGCGCUGUUCUCGAUAUGACGCGUUAGCGUUAGUUACAGUCCGAUCAACCUUUGUGUAAGUGUCACUUUAACGCUUUGACGGUGGCCAUGUCUUUUUCCCAUGCUGGCGUGUCUGUCACAGAAAGGGUUGCUAAUGUUGCUAAAGCUGUGGCGCGCCAAGUUUACGUACAAAGUCAAUUCACAGACGAUGCGUUGCGCACGUCAGAAUCUCGUCCAUCGCGCCUGACGCUCGAGUUGAAUGAUUUUGCGUACUUGCCCGCAGGAGGAAACGGCCGUGUCCGACAUAUCUCAGACGCCGUACUGUUAAAACUCAAACGCGUGCACAAUUAAGCGUGAUAUGAUAAGCUAAGCUAACCUAUAGCACCUGUGCUCAAAUAUUAGCAUAAUGUAUGACGACGGAAAAAAAUGUGUUAUCUCUGCCACAAGCAGCGUAAGCAACAGCGCCACCACGUUCAAAGUGGUCGACCAGUGUACGUGUCUGCGAUCUCUGAGCCCUACAGAUAACGUCCAGCAAAGAAUUAGCCUCCUGCGGGGAAACAGCCAAUCUUUAAGAACAACCGGCAACGAAUAAAGCCCGCUUCUAGUUUGUUUUACACACGUGUGAGAUGUGAAAAUUAUUUUUGGAAAUUACAAUCGAUGACCACUUUUUCUUUUUACAGUGAGCUAGUUUUUGGCUAAUCUUUAUCAAAAGCUAGCUGCGUAUAAAUGAAUAUAUAACAAAAGGCUGGCAGUUGAAGGAUGAUUGUUAAAAAAUGGAAAACUUACAACCUUCAUCUACAGAUUCUGCAACACAUGAUGUUCCUCUCUCGCGGACGUAAGGGUGAUGAUAAAAAUGUCGUUGGAUUUAAUCAGAAACACUUGGAUUUUUCCUCAUAGCAUCACAAGAAUGUCCUCAUAGUACCACAGAAGUUUGCAUCAAACGUCUUCUGAUGUUUGGUCUCCAACAGUUGGUCUACUGCUGCUUGGAGAACUGCUAAAAAAUUUUCCACACCCCCUGCUGGUGUUAACUCAAAUACUUACGCUAUCGAAAAACACAAUGUGGGAGAAAAGUACGUUCCUCACAAAACCUUUUUGAAAAACAGGGUCGCACAAUAGUCAUGGAUUGGUUCUUGACUGACACUGUCCACUUACUGUUUCUGCGGAAAAUCUGCUUUUUAAACCACGCCAAACCAGCGUUUAAGAGGGCACAACCCUAAUGCAACCUUGGAAAAAAUGAUGAUGUCAUAGCCCCGCCCCCUCUCAGUUCUACAUUCACAGUCACCAUCUCUGUUGCCGUCGUCUUCCUCUUUUUGUGUUUGGAGUUCGUACACAGAGCGGAAGCCUUGCGCGAAUGCUCUUCACGUUCUUCUUCUCCAGUCUUUGCGGUAUUUCUCUGGCAGCAGUGUCACAGCGCCACCUACAGGCCUGGUGUGAAUACUACAGUAUUUAGAGUGGUUUUGGGAGGUUCCGUGUGUAUGUGUAGACAUUUCUCGAAACAAUAGCGUGUUUAGGUGAAGACUUUUUAGUUAAGAGAUUAAAAAUCGUACUUUUUGUCUUUGUUUUUCUCGGAACGACAGAUGACCUGCGUUGGUUGUCUUCCUCGUGACAGAGGCCUGUGCUCAUGGGCUCGGGUCUGAUCCUGCUAAUUUGAUCUCAGGACGGUAACAACGUGACCAGGAGUGAAAACACACUUUUAUACAUGUACAGUACAUUUUGAAUUAAGGUAACUGGUGGAUGCUGCUGUUAAAUUAAUAUAGACUAACCAUAGAUGCAAAUUUAUUUUGUUUGACAUGUUCAGUUCCUUUGAUUUU